UGAGUCGGCGCGUCGGCAAUCGGUAUGGGAACGAUAGAGACCGGUACGAUCGUCGUUUCUCAAUAAAGUAAGCGCGAAGCUUUACUUAUACUGUAGGCUUUAUUUUUUUAUUGGUAGAAUCGGUAUGUGAAUGAGAAAGGAGGAGAAAAAAAAAACGUUUUCUGAUAAACUGGAAAAUAACUGGUUAAACGCGCGUCGACAUAAUCGCGUUGCAAGUUGCAAUAUCUGCGGGUGAUUUUCUUCUGAAACCUCAAAUUCGCCUUCGCUUCGGCGAGAGUUUUACUCACCAAGAAGAGUUACGGCGCGUUACCUUCGUAUUGGCGGGCAUAAACAAUUAAACGAAUGUCAAUAUGUAUCUUUUUACAUGUAAUUGAUGUGUCCAUAUGGACGUUUUGGCGUCCGUCGCUCAUAUAUAUGCGCGUGCAGCGUCCGUUAUCGACGUCGUUAAAGAACUGGACUGAGAAACUAGGCGAGGAGGGAGGUACAUUUAUUGUCGCGCGAGAGCUCGACCAACGACAUUAAGGAUCGAAUGAUCGGGGCGCAUAGUCGCGAGGCGCGUUCCACUACGGGCCAUGCUGGCAAGACGGAAGUCUUUGUUAAUAUUGCUGUUGCUGACUCCGGUGUCGACUCGACUUGCGGAUAAUAAAAAGAGGAACAACGACAAGGGGUAUUCGAGGAAGUAGUAGUCGCAGUCGCCGAGAGAAAGUAAAGAGAAUAAAAAGAGGCGGCAGCGUUUUACGAGAUCGAUGAAAAGUGAUGAGGUUCCGAAGUGUGUCGUGUGGGAAUGACAAAACGCGAUAGUGCCCUCUCUUAAUUCUUUGCUCAAAGAUUAUCUGGAUUCCCGAAAAAGCAUCCAUCUCGCCGACUCUCUCGUUCUCGACGAUGUCGUACACGAAUCGUUUCCCCCCCACGCAAAACACGAGAUAUCGUAGCAGCUGGGGACCCUCCUCCGUAUCGGCCUUCGCUCGCGCAGAUGUUCCCAGACCCUCGCCCGAGGAGGAAGAGUUUGCCGAAUUUUACAACGAGCGUCUUCAUUCCGCCCAAAGUCGACAGCUCCUACCUCUUCAGGAGGAUCUUGCCGAUUGGAUCAACAAAACGAUAAACACGGACCACGUAACCGGCGAGAAUUUCUUUGACGCUCUCGAUAAUGGCGCCGUGGUUUGUAAAUUGGCUCGGGUAAUACAGGAAAAAGCAAGAACAGCCGUUGAUGCCGGAAGAGUCAAGGGGCCAACGCCCGUUAUACGAGGCAGAUGCUGGGAAAAUGCAGCUCGGCGAAGCUUCUUUUCGAGGGAUAAUAUGGAGAAUUUUAUACAAUUUUGUCGACGACUCGGAGUUCACGAGAAUCUUCUUUUUGAAAGCGACGAUCUUGUUUUGCACGGUCAGCCACGGAAUGUGGUCCUCUGCCUGUUGGAGGUGGCGAGACUCGCUUCGAGAUAUUCGCUCGAGCCACCGGGUAUAGUUCAACUCGAACGGGAGAUCGCAGCCGAGCAGGAAAGAGAUUUACACUGUCUAUCGGACAGCGGUAUUUCGCACAGCAGCCUCGUAUCAUGGCAGUUUCAGCCACCUUCGCCGACCCCAUCGCCCAGACCCCAACCAGACAAAAUAAAGCACAGCAGCUCGGCAUCGGAGGUGGCUACGGUGGCGAAUCGAUGGCUCGAUCCUCCGCCGACGGUCAAUCACGAACCGGAGAUGCGUCGAUCCGCCAGCGACAACGGUCCGACCGGAAGUGACGGUGUGCCUAGCGAUACGACCGAGGACGAUUGGUCCCGUGGAAGUGCCGAAGAUCCCGAUGACGUGCCAUCACCCUCAAUUUCACCCUCGCCGGCGGAGCCACCCGAGCAUACCGGACCAAUCACCGAACUUGAUCGAAAGGUUAGAAAAGCUGCCGAGGCUGUACAAAGGCUCUGCCAGUGCCCUUCGGAAAAAUGCUCCAAGCUCAAAGUUCGUAAAGUCGGGGAAGGACGUUAUUACAUCGCUGGACGAAAUGUUUUCAUCAGGCUCCUCAAAGGACGGCACAUGAUGGUGAGAGUCGGCGGAGGCUGGGACACCCUUGAGCAUUUCUUGUCGAGGCACGAUCCGUGUCAGGUGAGGGUUCUCACCCGCGAAACUACACCCCCACCCCGCAACAACAAGCACAGCUUUCUUCACAUCCGGGCAAAGUAUCGGAGCCAUCCGUCCGAAUCUCUUUCCGGCCACUGAAAUUACUCACUCUUUGCACCUUCUCUCUCUCUCUCUCUCUCUCUCUCUCUCUCUCUCUCUCAAAUCCUUUGGCCAAUCAACUCUUUCACUCUUUCAUGCAUUCCUCUAUCGGUAUGGCCGUUUAUUUAACAAACGAAUUUUACGGACGAUUUUUGGAAAACGAGAGUAUUUCCACAUAAGAGUUUUCAUAGAGUUCCAUCACGUGCGAUGGGUCUCCAUCGUUCCGGACGCAUGUUCACGUUCAAAUCAUCAUAGUCUAUUUCACGCAGUCUGCCUAAUAGAUAUUUCAAAUACAUAUAACAUAUGUAUUUCGAGACAUUAGUAUUUUGAUAACUCGCAUAUACCGCUUGUACCAUGAAACGACAAAUCGUUUUUUAUCAGUCGUACGGGAUAAGCGCGGCUCAAGUUUGUCAAAGCGCUCGUGAAGCAUCUAGCGCCAGAUAUAAUCGAUUAAGGUGAUCUAUCACUUGCGCGAGUCCGAGAGUAAAUGUAAAAUGGUUGCACGGUUUACUCGGACGUCCAUGAUUUUUGAGAAAAAUAAAAGUUACACCUUGUUCUCUGAUGAUAAUAAAUAUUUUUUUUCAAAUAUCAAGCGUGCAAUGGAAUAAAGCGUGCAACAGGAUUUUUACCGACUGAACAACUGAUAGAUCAUCUUGAAGAUCUUGAACGACGUGAUCAGCGAUCGAUAUAUACAUAUGUGAUAAAUACUUGAAUCACGAUAUCACACUCGCACGAGAGAUAUAUACUUGCUACGAAUAUCGUACAAUCACUAUUUUUGCAUACCAACGAGAUCCAACGGUUAAAAGUAACGGAUACGCGUCAUCGAACCGUUUCGACGUGUCUCAACAAUAACAAAUGUAAAGAAUUUAUGCACCUAAUAGAAGAAGCACGUUCGAUACAGUCGUUCCCGCCGUGGUUUUAGUAAUCGAAAAAUGAGAAAGAUGAGGAACAGCAACAAUUAUGCAAACACAAUCACGCAAAAAUUCACUUGUGCACACAUUUAUCGACAGCAAGUAAUUGAGUGACGAGUAUAUAACGCAAUGGCCACGAUCAAGAUCGAAAACACACCGAGUGCAAAUAAACUCUCAGGAAGACAAGAAAGAAGGAAGAAAGAUUAAUCGAUAAACUCGACUCAUAUGCCGAUUGACGGGAUAUUUUUGAAACGUUAACACUCAAUUUAGGCACACCUAAGAGAGAGAGAAAAAAAAACAAUAAUAUUCUAUUGAUAGCGGGUAACAAAGUGCAACGAUCGAGCGCAUUUAUGGCCAUUGCGAAUUUCCGUCGGUUGCACCUCAUGAUCCAAUUGGUUUUUAUACAUAUUUAUUCUGUAAACAUUUGUGGGACGAGUGAGGAUUAGCAUUUUUUGGUUAAAAAAAUCACGAUGAGAAGAUCUCGUCGAGAAGAAUAGGUUGGCUAAAAGUAAUUCGGAAAAGGGUAACAUUGAGGGCCCGAACGCAACUCCCCAAUGAACGUUGGUUGAUUGCGUGAACCUGCCAAAGUGUACACCGGACAGACCAAAGGUGUCUGUUCGAUGUACACAUAUUACCAACGAUCUGAGCGAAAUAGUGAGGUUUUUUCGUCGGUCGAGCAAAUCCUUGUUACUCAAUAUAUUCACCGUAUUUAACGCGGUACAAUGAAUUAUUGAAAAAAUUCUUGUAUUAUCGUUGCACGCCGUACGGUUUACGAUAAAAACUCACGUCACCGGGAAUUGUAAUGUCAGCGGGAAUUUGAAUUCGGUUUUGUCCAAUCGAGGGGACAAUAUUCCAUUAUAUAGAUGGAAAAAUGAAGGACGCGUAUUUCACCAAAAAUACGAGCCCAUCUAAUCCUUUCGAUAUGAGAUGGUACUCCAUCCCCCCCCCCCCCCCCAAUGCCAGUUGUAUGCUUCACAUCGUAGGCGUCCUAUCGUCACGUAUAUACAUAUAUAUUUAUAUUUAUAUAUACACUCACACACACACGUAACUGCCUGUAAUUUUACCUUUUGUAUUUUUAUACAAAUCCUUAGGGUUAAGGUGAGACGACGAGGGGUAAGUUGGAAAAGAGAUAACUCUGGGCGUACCGAGUUGAACGACAGUGUUGGAUUUUUUUUUUUAUUUAUUUUUUUUCAGAAAUGCAAGAGUACACUCUGCAAAGGAAGAAUACCAAAGCUACGGAACACGAGACGAGUUUUUUCGGCGCGUUGAGGCUAUUUACCUGAUUUUUUAUUUCAUUUUUUUUUUUUUAGUCUAUCCCGAUAAUGCGAAAUUGAAGGAGAAAAAUUGCAAACUUUUCGUUAACAAAAGUAAAAAAGUUGAGACGAUCGAGUGCUAUAGCAGCUGCGAGAAAAAACUGCAUCACGAUCGAUCGAAUCAAUUGGUCGCUAUAAAUAUAUUUUAAAUGGAAAACAAAGAAAAAGAAAUCGAGGAUAUGAAAUAAACUUGAGUUGAUCAUUUUUGGAUUUACAAAAGAAAGACAAAAAAACGGAUCGUCAGGUUUGUGAGUACCUGGUAUUUUUCGGGUCGUUCUGAAAUACGUAUCGAGUUGAUGAAAAUUUUUCUCGCGGGAGAAUAGUCGAACACGAUGAUAUUAGUUAUUAAUACACCACACACGAACUUAUGUGCAUUGAGAUUUAUUUUACAAUUGUAUUGUAAUCCGAUUGUUACCUUUUGUUGAGUAAUAAAAUGUUUAAUUGCAAAGUU